AUGCGUUCGGGUUCAGCUAUACAGAUCUAUUGUCACCAGAUCUGCGGCGUAGAGCUGACGGACUGCAGGUGGUCAAUCCAAUACUCGGAUCCCUGGUCGGGUUACUUGACCUGGGGGCAGCACACCGAUAAAAAAAGGUCGGGGUGUUGGUGGGGCCGCUGUUUUCAGACAUCAUCGUCAACCGGGUGGUACCCCAGGGCCAAGGGCCCUGGGUGGUUUGCGACGGGCGCCCAACACUAUGGUGACAAGCCAAACUACCAAGAGCUGCUGACAGGACUCGGGCGCGAAGAUUUGGGCGACGGCACUGGGGGCGGAUGGACCGCUCGCCUCUGCAAAGUUGCCAACCCGACGAAGAUCAUUGCGCGCAGAACAGAGCGGGGGAUGUGGAAGGAUCUGGGCUUAUUCAGUGGCACCUAUGCAGUUCCCCUUGAAAGGUUUGACUACUGGCAGAACUUGGAGCCUGACGUGCUCUGGGACGAGGCCAUUUGGCCCAGCAGUUGGGCCGGAGAAACCAGAGAAGCGAUGGCUUCUGUUGAAGCAGUCGUAAUGUGCACCAAAGACCCGGUGUAUGCCGUUGGCUGCUCUGCUUGUGAAGCAGGCACCGUCCCCCCAUUCCCUGGGUCGCAGGACUGCGUGGCCUGUGGGGUCGGCACCUACACAGAGACCAAGGGAGUAGCUACCUGCCAAACAUGCCAAGCAGGCUUCGAGACUCGCCGCCGCCGGGCAAAAAGCUGCGUGGCAUGUCCGGCUGGCAGAUAUCAAGACAAGUUCCUGCAGACCCAAGAUGCUUGCAAGCCUUGCCCUGCGGGUCACUUUUCAGCUGCCGGUGCUGCCGUCUGCAGCGCCUGUCCAAACGGCAGAUUCGCAGACGAUGAGGGCCAAAGUGCAUGCAAGAACUGCCCGGAUGGCACCCAAUCCUUUACUGCCGCCACUUCUUGUUUCGGCGACUGUCCGUGUGGCAAGGAAUUCAAGUGCAGCUGCAGCUUUGGAGAACAGCUCUCUUACAACGUCACUGUGCCUGUCCAGGAGAAAGGAACACAGUACCAAGUUCGCAUGAAGUUCUUGGGUGCAGAGAUCAGUUCUUGCCGCUUCAUGGACCAGCCCUUGACCGAGUUGGAUCGCGAGAUCAGCUGCAACGAAACGCUCACAGAUAAUGGUCGCACCUGCCUUGCGUGGGAGAAGCGCUUGACCCACCUGGAACCCCGUCUAAAGUCUGGGGCCAACGAAAGCCAGAGAACUCUGAAUCUGACGAGUUCCUUCUGCCGCAAUCCUGAUAACUCUUCCACGAUCUGGUGCUACGUGGGUGACGACAAUGUGGAGUGGGAGUUUUGCCAGCCCAAGGCGGAGGUGGUGUUUCAGACAACCUUGCGGCUUUUGGGGCAGGAGACCGCAGACUUGCGGCUAUCUGGUGACCGCGACAGCUGCAGAGGUUUGCAGGAGUUUUCAGUCUUGCACCCAAUGAAGGCCACUUGGGGCAGCUGCCGCCAGGGAGCCCGUGACACCUGGCGCUUCAUGCCUGUGGCAGCCGCUCCAGGGAGGGCGCUGCUGCAGUUCACAGGCAAUGGCAGGCAACAGUGUGCUGGUAUGGCGGGCGAGAUGCUGGACUGCUAUGAGCACGACCUCAAUCAGCUAGUGCCCAUGGAUUCCUUGCACGAGAGCAUCAGCCGCUGGACAAUGAAGGAACACGGACAGAAGGAGCAUCUCUGCGGUGUCGACGAACACUCGACCUGCUAUGCCAGACCGGCCUCUUCGGAUGCUCUGCAAUUCCUGGUCUCGCUUGGCAAAUUAGGGGAUCCUGUGGGCCAGCACUUCAUCUCCAAGAUCCAGCUGAAGAACACUUCAACACCCAGCCAAUUCCGGUACAGCUAUUGGAUGUCCAGCUUGGUUUUCCGGCCCCAGCAGUGCUACGACUUGCAGACAACCUGCACGCAGGCCAAGGACUCAGAGCUCUACCAACUGGAGGCCCACCGCGUCCAGUGUGCAAGUGGCCAGGCCAUGCAGUCGGUGGCCUUCAAGGCAUGCGGGGCCAAAAGCUACCAAUAUGAGUACCGCUGCUGCGACGUCGAGGGCAUGGGCGGCUGUGAGCUGGAGUUGACUCCCUGGACCAAGCGAGAGCCCUCGGGCCAUGGCCGAAUCGAGGCCAAGGAUCCUGGCGAGAGCAAAUCAGAGGUCCGCUAUUUGUUCACCUGUUGUCAGGUGACUGCCCAUGAGCCGAUGUCUGUUGUAGCCGCAAAAGAUCCGAUCCCACAGUCCUACACAGACUUCGAAGGCAACUACUUCCCUACCUCUCGCGUUGAGGGGCGCCUGCUCUACGAGGCUUUUUAUCACUUCAGCCGUGACUCCGUGGGCUCGGUCCAGAACUUCAGCUUUGACCCAUUUAAGGGCCACUGGUGCCUUUUCUACAGCGAGGAGGCCAAAUGCGUGGCUCAGGGGAGCAUCCAUCCGUUGCAGCUGAUCCCGGGCCUGGGGGACCCUUUCGAGGUCAAGAGCCUGGGUCCAAUCCGUUCACAGCAGGAGCCAGGCGCGCCCAUGAAGGAGCUGAAGAUCGUGAAGUUCAAGACGCCGCCACGGAUGACUCAGCGAAAGCUGGAGAAACUCGAGCUUGAGGAACAGGCGAUGGACCACUUCACCCCAUCUAAGGAGAUGACCACCUACGACCUGGACAUGGUUGAGAAUUGGAUGCCGUCUGUGCCCAACUAUCGGCCCUACUGCGCGCUGCGCGACCCGAAGCAGUGGGAGAGCUUGCACGAUCUUGAGGACGAGGAGAGCUCUGGCUGGGGUGUCGAGAAGAGGCUUGAGGAGCUCAACUUGGAUGCGAACCGGGAUCGCAUUGGAGCCGUUCUUGAUCUUCCUGCUGCGGUUCACCCAUGCUACCACUACUUCCUGCAAGGUGCAGGCAUCAAGCAAGAGCCAUUCCAGAACGAUUUUGACCGCUGGGACUACCUCUCCUUCGGAGAUGUUGCAGUGCCUGCGCUGAAGAAGGCAAGCACCGCCUACGUCGACAGACAAAAGGACAGACGUAACAAGAGGAGGGAAGAUGAAAAGGCGGCCAAGGAAAAGGUCCAGGAGAUGGAAGAGGAUAGACAGAAGCAAAGGAAAGAGCCCAAGUCCACAACCAGCAGGAUCGUGGAGGGGCGGCUAGCGCACGCAGGCAUAGACAUCGAUGCCGCGGACGCAGAUGAGAUCGAGAAGGUGGCCACCAGUAUGAACGCAGAGGGGGGCUCUGAGGAUCUAGAGCUUCCGGAUGAAGUUUCUGAAGAGAACUAUGCUGGCGCUACUACCCUGUCGAUGGAGAAGUGCGCCUGGAGGAGAGAGGUUCGAUUGCAGAAGCACUCGCAGAAGGAGAUGGAACAUGACUUCAAGCAGACAAGAGCCCCGCCUUGA